AUGGGCGAGGGGACAUUUGCCGCUCACGACGGCGGCACGGCGCUGGAGCAGAACGGCGGCGCGCAUGGCGGCGACGAGCUGCACCAGUAUCGGAACCUGAUCGUGGAGUUCGACGCAGAUGGUGGAGAGCCCGCCCUGUGGGACAGAAGCUGGCUGGGCCGGAUCCUGGUGCUGCGGGUGCCCGGCGGGCUGAUCUACAUCGGGCCGCACUGGUACUGCUCGGUGGUCAUGCUCUCCUUCAUCCCAGGGGCGCCUGGCCCGUGGAAACCAGGCCGGUGCGAUGCAGCUGCUCGGCGGCAUCACAGUGACUGUCCUGUCCACCGCGACGUUUCUGCGGUGCGCGCUGUCGAACCCGGGGGUGCUUAA